AUGCGCACGUUAGAGACAAGUGCAACUUUUCUAUGCGGACAUUUUUCGCGCCGGAUUUUCACGAUACCAAAGGCUACUCUCAACCGUUUGAUCAACGAUCACUUGCGGGAGGAUGGUUUGGUUGAAGCACGCAAGCUGUUUGAUCGAAACCGUACAUCGCUGGACAAUUCAACAUGGAACAUGAUGAUUACUGCUUAUGUUCAGCGUGGUCUUAUGUUGGAAGCUCACCAGGUGUUCGAUCAAAUGCCUGUCAGAGAUAUGGUGUCGUGGAACACCAUGCUCAUGGGUUUGAAGAAAACCAGAGAUCCAGAAAGUGUUGUUAGUUUUUUUAUAGCAAUGCGGAGAUCUGGGUUGAAUCCAGAUGAGCUUACCCUCCCUGCGAUAAUGGAUGCAGUAUUGGGAUCUACGUUUAAGGUUUCUGUUUUGCAAAUUCACACGCUUGCUAUUCGAUUAGGGCUUAGCUUAAGCCCUUAUACUGGGUCUGCUUUGUUACGAGCCUACACAAGCUUUAGAGAUUUCAGGGGUUUAGAAAGAGUUUUUGAGGAUAUUUUGUUCAAGGAUGUGGUGUCGUGGAAUGUGUUUAUUACGGGUUACAUGAAAUUAGGUUUUGUGGAAGAUGGUGAGAGAGCAUUCGGUGAAAUGCCGGAGAGGAACAUCAUUACUUGGCACACAAUGUUAAUUGGAUACAUAAACAACACCAAGAUCGAUAAAGCUAGAGAAUUGUUCAAUCGAAUGAGUCAAAAGAAUGUCUUUUCUUGGACUGUGAUGAUCAAUGGCUACGUACAGAGCAGGGAAUUUAGAAUAGCUCUGAUGCUUUUUCGGGAAAUGGUUGAAUCUUGGAAUAAUAGGCCAAGCCACUACACAUUUUCGACUGUUUUAAAAGCGUGUGCAGCUUCUUCGUCGCUUCUUAUGGGGAAACAAGUGCACUCAAUGGUCACAAAGCGCGGAAUGGCUUGUGACAUAGUCCUGUCGACUUCGCUCAUAGAUAUGUAUGCCAAGUCAGGUGAUAUUACCGCUGCUUCACGUGUGUUUAAGUUGAUGCCUUUGAAGAAUCCGGCUUCAUGGAAUUCGAUGAUAGGAGGUUUCGCAAGACAUGGAUUAGGAGUGGAUGCUUUAGAGGAAUUCGAGAAGAUGAUAGAGUGUGGUUACAGGCCUGAUCAGGUGACUUUCAUUAACUUGUUAUCGGCUUGUGCUCAUGCUGGGCUAGUGGAAAAAGGGCAAAAACAGUUCAUGUUGAUGGGUAGGCUUGGUAUAGCUGCAGAGAAGGAGCAUUAUGCAUGUAUGGUGGAUCUAUUUGCGAGGGCCGGUCACUUAGAUAAAGCAGAGAGAUUGAUAAAGGGAAUGCCUUUUGAGCCAGAUGUUGUUAUUUGGGGGGCUUUGCUCAGGGCUUGCGGAUUGCAUUCAUGUUUGGAGCUCGGUGAAGUUGCUGCUGAGGGAAUCUCGAGGCUGAGAAGAGAGCAUCCCGCGGCUUAUGAUGUUCUGUGUAGAGUUCAUGGCGAGAAAGGAGAUUGGACAAGUGUUAUGGAGUUGAGGAGACUGAUGAAGAAGACCAAAGCAAAGAAGCAAGACGCUAGCAGCUGGAUUGAAGGUCUUACUUAA